AUCAGGUGGGGGUGUUUUUGUGCUCUGUUUUAGUCAGCUUCCUCUCUGCACCACAGAACUUCCUGUGUUGAUUCCGUGAAAGCAGACCCACCAGCUUCCCCCCAGCGGAAUGAGUGCAUGCCUGUGCACGUGGGUGCCCAUCUUACAUAUUGCAGGUUUAGUGGGAUUUCAGCAGGACCGGUUUAUCCAGGGGAGAACUGGUGUUUGUGUGCCGCGGUGAGGAACUGCUCGAACCUGUUCUCCUCGUCAGUGGAGAGAAGGAGGGGCUGCAUAGAGAGGAGGAGAAGGAGAGGAGUGCAGGGUGUAUGUAACACUCUUCUUUUCUUCUUUUUCAUUUCGUUCUCAUUCCCAUUAGUUUUUUAAUCCGAUGUGGCUCUCCGGGGGGCUCUGGAUGAAACUGGCUUGACGAGGAGACCAACAGCAUCACGUGAUUGGUAGGUGAAGUGAUUGACAUCCACAAGGUGGCACGAGGAAGACGGGUGAAGAGGCAGGUGUGCAGGAACACCAACAUGGCUGUGGAAAGCUUUCCUGAACUCCUGCAGAAACUGCGGGAGGUGCAUGAGCAUGAUUUAGAGGGGUGGCAAGGGAAAGUACUGGAGCUGACAAAUAAAAAGAAUAUCGAUGCAAAGCGCAUGGAAGAACUUUACAACAGGAACCAGCAGAUGAAAGAACAGCAGCGGAUUCUUACUGAGAACAUCAAACAGCUGGAGAACAGGUUGCGGGCUGGGUUGUGUGACAGGUGUACAGUCACUCAAGACGUUGCUAAAAAAAGACAACAGGAGUAUGAAAACUCCCAGCUCCAGAGUCUGCAGCACAUCUCUCUACUAGUGAGUGAGAUGAAUGCCCUAAAGAAAGAAAACGAGAGACUGAGAGAGGAGCUGAAGGGCUUGAGGGAUCUAUUAAAUCAGCAGAAUGGUCAUUCAGAAGACGCAAUCACCCCAGAGGUCAAGGAGUCACCUGACACUGCAGUGGCUGCUGUGACUGUACAGGCCUCAGGGCUGAAGUCCAGCCAGCCUCCACCAGGGGACGCUACUGUACCUGCAGCAACUGUCAAACGUGAGACGGACAAUAGCCCAACUGACAUCCUGGAGAAAGCUUCUGAACACAAAUUAAUGCAAAGCUGGGGCAGGGCGUUUUCAUUUGAAUCGAGUAAGCCCAUGUUGCCCACCUCAAGAUGGGGCACAGAGCACAGUGCUGAAAGAAGAUUUUCCAGCGUGGACUUGGUUGAGCACAGACAUUCCCCUUUGUCUCCUUCUCUUCCAUCUCCUCUGAGUCUACUGAAGAACAAUCCUAUUUUUUCUUCUGUUGCCUCUGGGGAUCGUAGCAACCGGCAACAUAUCCACACCCCCGUCCCCUUCCGACCGCUUCCAAUCAAGACUGGACGCCUGUCUGUCCCGUGGUCACUCUCAGAAUCUACUGACUGGGUAACAUUAGCAGCAGGCGGCUCUAGUGUUGGUAGCAAGAUAGCGGUUCACCCAAGCCAGACCCCAAUUCCCAGCUCAAACAUUUUGCGAUUCCCAAAACUGAUCCCAUCAGGCAGCGGCCUCCAGUCUCGCACACAUGGCCCAACACCUAGCGGCCUGCGGCCCUGGUCCCGCAGAAACCUGUCAGAGCACGCAGAGAGUACAGAAAAGAGAGUGACAGAAACCGUUACAGCGCCGCCCCAGUGGAAGCCUUCAGCAGCGCAGCCAGAGAGGAUUUUUGGAGAGAAUCUGAGAGAGGAUGAAGAAGAAGCUCCGUUAGACCUGUCUGAGUCGGGACGUUCAAAAAGCAAAGAGAAAGAGAAAACACACUCACAGAGCGAUGGAUCUUCGUCUUCAUCUUCCUCACCACCUCCUGCACUUUCAUCAUCAUCUCAAUGCCCAUCAAGCCCUCAGAGUGACCAGCAGACAGUGGACAAUAAUACACAGCAGGAGGAAGCACAGGAAACAUGUCAAGGGCAGAAUGAGGUAAAGGAAGGUGAAACAUCUCCAGCAGCUGAAACGUCUGUCAGCUCAGAGAAGAAGAAAAUCCCAGCACUAACCAUUUCCCUCCAACCAGUUGUGGUUGUGGAGUCCCUUAAAACAAGAGGAAUGGUGUCUGAUCUUGGAAGCAGACUGACGGAGCAAGAGGAGAAGGAGAACAAUAACCUUGAAGCAAGCAGAAAAAGACCUGGGCAGGAUACUGAUGCUCUUUCCCAGCGCUCACUAAAGGAGAGGAAAAUACGGCUGUGCAGGGGACCUCAAGCAACCCAUGCAGAGUCAGACCAAGGAUGAAGGUCUCUUUAUGAAUACAUGCAUACUGCAGCACAGACUGGAUUUAAAUAAGAUCUAUUUUCAUCAUGUUAAAAGCUAUUUUGUUCAAACUAUAUGUGGAUGAAUUUGUGCAUUCAUUGUGUCAAUUUCCCAUCCAUCUUUAGCACUACUUUAUCAAGAAGCCAGUUGUUUUUACUGAGAAGGGGGCUGUUAAUAAACUUAUCAGCUAUGUUUUUAUUUCCUUAUAUUCAUUUUCUUCCUCUUUUAUACCAGAACAUGAGUUUUUAAUAAGAACAUAUAACAAGUACAUGUAAUUGCUUGCUGUCUUGUGCUGUUACCAUUCUGUCAUGUCAACACUCAGUUUGUGUUCAUUCUCUCUUCUGUAUAAGAGGUGUUGCAUCUCAUCUAUUUUUGUCUCUGAGCGCUGAGGCCUGCUUCUUGUAGAUGUGACAAAAUGAGAAACCCUCGGCUUCCCCUUUUGGUUUUUUCUGAGAUGUCAAGCAUAUAUUUUGUAAUAGAGAAUUUUCCACUUGCAGCUGUAAAAGCUUUUAGAGUGUAAAAGGAGGAAGGGCAAAAUUGUGAAAAAAGUAUACUUUGCACUAUUGCUUCUAACUAUCUGUAAACCUUUGCUUUGCACUAUUUUUUAGAUACUUUUAGAGAUAAUUUGGAGAAAUUAUCUAAUAACCAAAAUGUAUCACUUUUUAGACACUAGAAGGACAUAGCUACCUAACAGCUAAUGUCUAUCAAAAUAAAUACAAAUAUAAGUGCAUUGCAUGAACAGAUGGCUGCAGUCAUACUUUGUGAACUAUCACCUGUAAUUAGGAUGUGGGGAACACCUACAUUGUUACAGGAAGAGAGUAAAUCAUUUUCACUGUGAAGAACCAGAGAGCUUUGAUUCUCUGGGACAAUUUAGAGUUUUCACUUGAAUAUGCCAAUCACCACGACACUUAGCUUGUUACUUUUGUAUACUGAACAAAGUUGGAUGAGUUUAAAGUUGCAAAGGUAAAAAUCCAAAUAAAAACCCUUGGUUCAAGGUA